AAAAAAUCUUCAAUAUUGCUGGUCAGCAUAAGAACAGCAGAGUAAAAAGAUUCAAUCUUGAUAAAAAUGGAGAUCUGUUCUUUCAAAAACUUAUAAACUAAGAGACUUCAGAUUUCACAAAAAAGCUUCAAAUGGCAAUGGCGUUUGAAACGGCAUCGUUUCGGUGCUGUUCUUCAAUCGCUGCAACCAGAAGAUAUUCUUCUUCAAAACGCUAUCGUUUCAACUCUGUUACUUGUUGUAAUUCAGUUGACAAUUCUGAUUCAGGUGGUAGUGUAAGAAAGUCAGUGAAGUUAAAUGUUUUUCCGUCUAUUAAAAGAAGCAGAAUUGACGGCAAUGGCGACGAUAAAGACGACGCUGUUAAAGGGUUUAAAAAGAAACGCGUUUCGAGUUUGUUUGGAAGGAAAUCUUUUUGGAAAAGGAUAGUUUUUGUUUCAACUAAAGCUCGAAGUAUUAUUUUGCUCAAUCUCAUCACUGUUAUUAAUGCUAGCAACAUUCCAGUUGUGAAAGAAGUUGAAGCAUUGAUUGAUCCAGCAACCUUUACAGUUGUGCGAUUUGUUGUAUGUGCUAUUCCCUUUAUCCCGUUUGUAUUGCAAGCUCGGGGUGAUGUGAAAACGCGCAAUGCAGGGAUAGAAUUGGGAUUUUGGGUUAGUUUAGGCUACCUAAUGCAGGCUCUUGGACUGAUGACCUCGGAUGCCGGGCGUGCCUCCUUCAUAUGUAUGUUCACCGUAAUUGUGGUACCAUUGCUUGAUGGUAUGUUAGGAGCAGUGGUUCCUGCACGCACCUGGUUUGGAGCUCUUAUGUCCAUCGUAGGAGUCGGAAUGCUGGAAUCCAGCGGAUCUCCUCCCAGUAUUGGGGAUCUCUUGAACUUCUUGAGCGCGGUGUUUUUUGGUGUACAUAUGCUUAGAACAGAACACAUUUCGAGAAGCACAAAUGAAAAGAACUUCUUACCUCUUCUUGGGUAUGAGGUAUGCGUUGUUGCUCUCUUUUCAACGAUGUGGUAUUUUAUCGGAGACGGGUUUGAUGGCAUCCAAGAUUCCGACCCAUCAUCCUGGACGUGGACAAUGGCUUGGCAUUGGAUGGUUACUUUUCCAUGGAUACCAGCACUUUAUACAGGAGUAUUUUCUACAGGGUUGUGCUUAUGGGUAGAGAUGGCGGCGAUGUCCGAUGUAUCAGCAACAGAAACUGCAAUAAUUUAUGGGCUGGAACCCGUGUGGGGUGCGGCUUUUGCAUGGUUUCUACUGGGAGAAAGGUGGGGUACUGCUGGCUGGAUUGGAGCUGCUCUUGUGCUUGUUGGAAGCCUAACAGUGCAGAUAUUUGGAUCAUCAUCCCCCGACAGGUCUAUACAAGAUAAGAGAAAACAAAAAGUUGAUAAACUUCUGGCUUCAGAUAAGCAGAACGCUUUGUCGACCUCUCCGGUUCCGGUCAGUUAUAAAAAGGAUGUUACUGAUAUAUUGAAGAAAUAAGGAACAGAGUAGAAAAUGUAUUUGUACGAUCUUGUAAUUAUACAGCAUCAAAGAUUAACCUUAGUUUUAGUAGCUGAUACGGUCCCAUACCAUGGCCUUAACAUGUAUAUCUAUUUGUUUAGAAACUCUCAUUUAUACGGUAAUUCCAAUAUUAGAAAAAGGCAAAUAACGGUUGCCAUUUCUAUUUACAAAUUUAA